AUGCUCGCUCCCACCCGCACCAUCGCACUCGGCCUGCUGGCAUUCGCCCUCUGCUGCGUACAGCGCGCGGCAGCAGUGGUGCAGGACUGGCAGCUCAUCGACACCUCAAACUCAAACGAGCUCGUCGGCACCUGGUCCAGCGGCUCCCAUCAGGUCCUCACCGGGCUGGGCUUCUUCUGGCCCGCCAACCGCACCUUUACACCACCGCCCGCUCGCGGCAUCUCGUAUAGCUUCAGCGCAGACGGCUUCUGGGAGCAGAGCAUGUACCUCGCACAGCCUAAUCCCCGCAAGCCACAGUGCGUCGGCUCGCAGCUCAUCUGGCAGCACGGCACGUACGAGGUCCUCUCCAACGGCACCCUCAUCCUCACGCCCUUCUGGCACGAGGGCGCCCAGCUCGUCUCCUCGAGCUGCUCGGGGGGUAACACGACCGAGCUGGCCUACAACGAGCGCGAGAUCUGGGCGACAGCCGAGGUGUGGUACGAGCAGGUGAUGGGCGUCCCCGUCAAGUCGCUGCGCCUCACCGACCCGUGGGGUAACCGCCGCACCAACAUGAACCUCGUCUACCGCCCUCCGCAGAUGCUGCCCACGGAGAAGCUCUACGUUUCGGUGUACGGCUUGUGA